AUGGCGCCGUCGCCGUCGACGAGUGGUGCGGAGGGCCCGAGGGAAGGCGGCAGCAGCGGUGGCGGGGAAACCGCCUGGCAUCCUCCCCGUUCUUCUUUCCUCUCGCACACUGGUAGCAGGAAGAACCCGUCGACGACGACGCCGCCGCCACCACCGCCUCCACGGCCACCGCCGCCACCACCGCCGCACGUCGGUAUUAUACUGGGUUACAUACCCGGAGAUAUACCAACCCAAAAAACCAUACGAACUCAUACAUCGGACAUUCGCUUCUUCCUCACUAAUCCUUAG